GUACAUUUCGGAAGACAUGCAGACCGAAGCCUAUCUCAAUAACGCCAUCUUGUGUUGAAAUGGCAUUAGGUCUACUGAUCGAAAUAAAGUGAAUAGAGUCUGUUUUUUCAUUUAGUGUUUCACAAUAAGUAUUAGGGCCUACUCCAUGAAUGUAUCCUUUUUCAUUUUUUGUUUAUAUUUUAGAUAAUGUAGUUUUAGUGUGGGGUUGGAUACUUGCUAAUAGUGACGCGCUGCGCAUGCGACUCGAGUACUGAGUUGAUCUGAAGGCAACCAUUAUGGACGACUUGUCAUCCAGUCCCGGCAGUAGUGACCAAGAUGAUUUAUUUGUUCCCCGAGGUGUACAACCGUAUUUAUAUGAACCCCUGGCGCGGGAGGAUGGGGUACAAGUGUGUGAAACGGGCAUGGAGGCCACAGGAGACAACGGCAGUGCUCGGUUGGGGCACAUCAAUUGGUGCACAUGCUCUGCCUGUGUGGCGAUGCCAACUUCAGUUGAGUCGGUGUGCUGCAGUGAGAUCCCCGAAGUGGCCGCGAAAACCGACGCACACAACUGCAGGCACAAUGCACAGCUACAGUGCAUUACAGAACAUCCUGGAUUUCAGUCAGUCUGCCUGGACAGAUGGGUCCUGGAGACAGCCCACUACCAAUAUAUGCAGCAAUAUGGUGGGCUUGCUCGACAGGACCCUUCUGAAAAUGAAAAACUCAGACAUACUGCUUAUCGGCAGUUGGUGAGGUGGUGCUGGCAAUUUCUAGGCCGCCGUGUGCGAGUGCCCCUCCCAUCCUGUGCUGUCACCAAGAUUCGGCAAACCUUUCCAUCCAGUCAACAAACAGGCUUCCAGGAAAUGUAGGACUCUAUAGUGUGAGACCUUGCGUCCCAGUGUGUGGGCAGGUAAUGACCUUGUCUUGAAAAAGUCAGUUAAUAAAUAUCACUGUGACCUACAGUACAGGCCAAAAGAAUGGACUCGCCUUCUCAUUUAUGCAUUCUCUUUAUUUUCAUUGUGUAUUUACAUGGAGGAUAUCAAAACUGUGCAUGAACACAUGAAGAGUUCAGAUGCAAAUACCCCUAACUCCAUUUCUGAAGACAUGCACUUCUAUAUUUUUAGAGAACCCAGAUGUUGGUUUGGUUUACAUUCAUGUACUUGAUAAUACAUAUAAAUAGUUAUAUUACAUAAAUAAAAUUAAAAAAAAUAUGCAAUUAUGUUAGCUUUGUAUUAAAUAAAAAUGAAUUAAGAUUAUUUUCUGAAAAGGCACCUUGCUUGUAUGUGAAACUAUUGAAAUUGUGUUAUUCGAGGGUCUUGACAGAUUUGGAUGGGGGUGCACCUCUAAUUAUUAUCAAUCUUUUGAAAACCGGCUGUGAUGGCAUCGGAUGAUCUCC